AUGGCUGGUCUCCAUCUGCCCCCGUCCACUGCGGGGAACGCUUCUUUCUCCGACUCCGGCUCGUCAAAUACUCGUUUCACGCCUCCUUCCAAUGGCUCCGAGGAGGAAUAUCCGACGUCAAAACCGGUGAACUCGCCGGUUGGAACUCUACGACUACAAACCAAUUUCGAGAGAAUGGACGCUGGCGGGUCUGUGUCCGAUAUCGAGGAAGACAAUAGAUAUGAUUCUGCAGAGGAGCUGGAGGGGAAGAAUCGCAGGGUGCAGUCGAGGCCGAAAUUUACACCGGAGGAGGAAAAGGAGGUGGUGAAGGUCUUUGACAGGAGGCUGGUUCCGUUCUUGGCGCUUCUCUACUUGCUUGCAUUCCUGGACCGUUCGAAUAUAGGGAAUGCCAAGAUUGCAGGGCUGCAGGAUGACCUUCGGCUCUCGUCUGACCAAUACGAGUGGCUACUUACCGCGUUUUAUAUCACAUACAUCCUAUUCGAAUGGAUGACCUUGAUGUACCGCCUCGUACCGCCGCAUAUCUACAUUUCUCUGUGCGUGUUUGGCUGGGGUUUGGUGGCCUCAUUCCAAUCUCUAGCGACCUCAUUUGAAGGUCUCGUCAUUUUGCGUGCAUUGCUUGGUAUUACGGAAGCAGCAUUUGGCCCGGGUGUCCCAUUCUAUCUGUCGCUAUUCUACCAGCGCGAUGAACUUGCUUUCAGAAAUGGACUCUUCAUCUCAGCCGCACCAUUGGCAACGUCCUUUGCUAGCAGCUUGGCCUGGUUCAUCGUCAAGGUCAGCAGUGAUGGUCCUAUUUCGCCAUGGCGUGCUCUGUUCCUUGUCGAAGGGUUUCCAAGCGUGAUCGUUGCGGUUUUUGCCUGGGUUCUCAUUCCAGAUUCACCUGGCCGUGCUCGCUUCCUGACUCGCCGGCAGAGAGUGGUGGCUCGACUUCGCAUGGAGCAUGGUCAGACUGACUACCAGCAGUCCUCCUCGAAAAGCUUCAAUUGGAGGGAGAUUGCGAAGACAGCUGCUGAUCCCAAGGCAUAUAUGGCAGCUCUUAUGUUCUUCAGCUGCAAUGUCGCCUUUAGCUCAAUGCCCGUGUUUCUGCCGACUAUCAUCAAAGAUAUGGGUUACUCUUCUCUUAACGCCCAGGCUCUCUCCGCACCGCCAUAUCUAGUCGCCUUCCUCGUGGUCCUAGCCACAGCAUGGGCCUCGGACCGCAGCCGCAGCCGAAGCCCCUACCUCAUAGCCCACGCGCUCAUUUCUUCAGUCGCAUACUUCGCCAUUGCAGCAACAGGAUACUUCCAUGCGCACCUCUCCACAGAGUUGCACACCUUCAUCCGAUACAUCUGCGUCUACCCAGCCAUCGCUGGUUUCUUCUCCGCUAUCACGCUGAUCAUCACCUGGUCGAUGGACAACCGUGUGGAAAAGGAAGGCAAGGGUGCCAGCAUCGCCAUUUUGAACAUCAUUGGGCAAUGUGGCCCUCUCCUAGGCACGAGAUUGUAUCCCGAGUCCGACGGGCCGUGGUAUAUCCGCGGCAUGGCAACGUGCUCCUUCUUCAUGGUGCUCGUUGCAAUUCUGGCACUUGGCCUGCGGGUUCUCCUACAACGAGCCAACCGAAGAAUCGCCGACACCACGUACCAGGAUGUCAAUCCGGCAGGGCCUGCUCAUUCUGGAGAGGAGCGAGAUGAGCUCAUAGGUGGUGGGCGUAGGGAUGAUUUGGAGCAUCAUACCGGCGAUCGCCGGCUUGUCUAUAUUAUUUAA